GAAAAUCGUCGAAUCCCGUCAUAAAUACGCAUAAAAGUAACCGAUAUAACAUCACUGUGUUCAAACGAAAAGCAACCAAGGUUAUCAAUUAAUGCGAAAAUUAAAACAAAAAUAUGCUGUGGCCACUAGUGUUUAUGGGUCUAGUAUUCGUGAAGUUGAUAUUUGCACAUUCAUGUAACAAUGACUCGACCCUUCCGAGAAAUCUACGCGAACAAUACAUAGAGUGGUUAGCUGAAACUGCAAUCCAUCCUUCUUUCCAGUUACUACCCGGCAUCUUCAAACAGAUUGGUUUGCAGGACAAACACGCUAGAGAAAUGAGGGGUAAUUUAACACACUCGUUUGGAAAUCGAAGGUGUUCACGGACUUUGAAACAUAAUAGCGAUAAUCUAAACGACAGGUCAUUAUGUCCGUAUCACUUUCUUUUAAGUCACGAUCUAAACAGAUACCCUCCAAUCAUUAACACAGCUAAAUGUACAUGCAGUAAAGUUCGGUAUUUACAAUCGAAUCGAAGGAAAUGUAAUUGUAAAGGGAAGAGCCAUAGUAGGAAAUGCAGAAGAACGUGUAAUAGUAAACGAGCAGAAAAGUUAUUGACACCUCAGUGUACAGAAAUACCGUACAGAUACAAGGUGUUAAAACAGAAAUAUGACGAAAAUGGAAAUACAAUUUGUGACGAAAGAAACAGCUUUCUUUAUGAAAGAACCUAUGAAACUGUUGCCAUUGGAUGUACACCUGUUUUACCUAAAAAGGACACCGAGUCUCCAAACACGAGAGUAGUUUCAGAGAACUAGAUAAUAACUAGAAACAAAACAAAUAUGAAUCUCAAUUAGUAAAGAUUUAAGAACAUCUGGAAAAAAAUUUGAGUCGAGUAUAGGAAUAUAGAAAUAAAAAAGAAAAAUGAAAUGAGAAAAUUGACAUAUGAAAUGACAGCUAUGAAAAAGUUCAGAAACAAAGAGUAACAUUUUGACUGCACUAUCUACAUCUUGAAUAUUCUAUUUCGAUAACAGUAUCUACAUCUUUAAAUAUGCAUUAUGUUUAAGCUUUGUUUUAUUUGUCUAAAAAUCUCGUUAUAACUCCGUCCUAUAAUCUUUACAUUUCACGUAUAAAUUAUUAUUCCAAAUGGGCAUCAGCUAUUCAGGUAAUUUAUUAUAAUUCUUUUACAGUG